AGAAAGCAUGGCGGCGCGCUGUGUUAUGCAGUCCAUAAGGACAGCGCUGAGAUCGGUUCAAAGCGAUUUUAACCCCAAGGGUUUAAUUCAGAGGAUACCCGUUUUGGGAAUUGCUCCGUGUCGAGGACUUAGAAACGUGGUGGAAAAGAAAGAAGGCAAGACGACUGUUAUAGAGGGUGUUAUAGAAUCUACACCUGAGCGACCGCAGCCCCCCAACCCCACUGCUAAAUGCCCUAUUUAUAGAUGGAACUUACAAAACAAGUACAAUUACAUAGACGUGCUGCUCCUCAGUCAGUUCAUUCGUUCUGAUGGUGGGAUGCUUCCGCGGCGUGUUACGGGUCUCUGUGCUCAGGAACAUAACAAAAUUGCAAUAUGUGUGCAGAUGGCACAUCGUGCUGGUCUUCUUCCGGAUCAUAGACCCCACUUACCUGAAGGUCAUGUUCCAAAACCCAAGCCCAACCCACCUCUCAACCGGUAUCUGACACGUUACUCUGUGAAGUCUGUGCAGCCCAUCUUCAGGACGGGGCUGAAGUGGUGCAAGAAAAGAAUGCCUGUAGGACAUCCCGCCUUAAAAAACAAUAUUCGAUACGGUCCCAAGCCGUUGUACUUAAAGCACUGAUGGACAGAGAUGUUUGCCCAAUCAAAAAAAGUGACUCAGAGACGGCUACGACAGAAUGGAUCUAUAGCACGUGGUAUGUGACUGAUAAUCGAUGCUGAUUCGAUGAACAAGAGUGCUCUGAAACAUCAAGACUUAAAUCCAGAGAUCUCUAUAAUGUCCUGAGGUGACCUUGUACAUGCAGCCCAGUGACUCUGAUUACUCUCUGGGUUUGAAGAAAGUUGACGUUUAUAUUACUGUAAAGACAGAUGUCUAAAUAAAAUUGCUUUGUUUAUCUCA